AUGAUUUCAUCCACAUCCAUCUCAUCUCCAGUCGUCAAGACUACCGCUACAUCAGAUCAAUAUACCCCUAUUCCUCACUUUCCUGCUUGUUUGGGUGGUGAAUGGAAAAACAUCAUCAAGACACCUUAUCUCAAAACUACAAUGAAAUUUAGGGCUGGUACAUCAUUGCCUCCUCACCAUUUUCCUACCAUGUCUCGUAUAACCGUUCUCUCUGGCUCUAUUCAGAUUGAUGAUUUACAGACAAGUCAAGCGUACAUUUUGCGCGAAUCCGAAGAUUGUGUUAUUCCUGCGUUACUGGUCCAUGAAAUUCAAUUUCUGGAAAAUGUCGAAUUCGAAUUUGAACUAAAUUCCAAUGACAUGAUCAUCUACUGGGAUUUUGAAGAACGUUAA